AUGGCAUCUGACUCCCAAAAGGUCCAUUUCACUUUUUCACUUGCAGUCUUCUUCUGUGUCUCAGCCAUGUUGUCAACAUCCCUUGCUGCUACUGAGGGAGCAAAUGCUCUGUUAAAGUGGAAAGCCAGCCUUGCAAAGCAAAGCCAAGCCAUCUUGUCUUCUUGGAAUGGCAAUGAUCCUUGCAGUCACUGGACAGGAAUUGUUUGUGAUGAAUCCAAGUCUAUCUCCACCAUAAAUCUCACAAGUAUGGGAAUACAAGGUACACUUCACAGUCUCAACUUCUCAUCUUUCCCUAAACUCCACGUUUUGGAUAUCAGUGGCAAUGAGUUUUAUGGAACUAUUCCCAGCCAAAUUGGUAACUUGCCGAAUAUUUUUACAAUGUGUAUGGAUCACAAUUUCUUGAGUUUUUUCAUCCCUCCAGAAAUAGGGGCAUUGACUACUCUAAAUGAGCUUGGAAUUGGGGCGAAUAAUCUCACUGGGCGUAUUCCCAAAGAAAUUGGAAACUUGAGGAAUUUGAAAAUAUUGUCCCUUCACACAAAUCAUUUGUCUGGUCCCAUUCCUUUUGAAUUUUGGAAUCUCUAUUCUCUCACCUUAUUUGAGUUGUCGAGAAACAACUUGUAUGGGCCAAUACCACUCUUCAUUGGAAACUUCACAAAUCUCACUUUGUUAAACUUGGGGGCCAACAGACUUUCGGGAUUAAUCCCAUCCUCUUUGGGAGACCUGGUCAAUUUACAAAGCCUCUCCCUCAGGAUUAACAAUCUUUCUGGACCUAUUCCAUCUACAAUAGGAAAUUUGACCAAACUCGAACACCUUUACCUCGGUCAAAAUAGAUUGUCAGGUUCCAUUCUUUAUGAAUUUGGGAAUCUCAAUUCUCUCAUUGUUUUGGAUUUGUCAGAGAACAACUUAAUUGAGCGAAUACCAUCGUCUGUUGGAAACCUUACACGUCUAAUUUACUUGAGCUUGUGGGACAAUAAACUUUGGGGAUCAAUUCCAUCUUCUUUAGGAAACUUGGUUAACUUAGAAAACCUCCUCCUUGGAUGUAACAUUUUGUCCGGAACUAUCCCCACCACCAUAGGAAAUCUCACAAAGCUCACAGUGCUAGGUUUAAGAACGAACAAGCUUAAUGGGACUAUUCCAAUAGAGAUCAAUAACCUUACCAAUAUCCAGAUGUUCUUAGUAUUUGAGAAUAGUUUCAUUGGCCAUUUGCCGCAACAGAUUUGCCUUGGUGGAUCCCUUCAAUAUUUCAUUGCUUCUACGAACAAAUUCACUGGCACUGUUCCAAGAACCCUGAAAAAUUGUUCCAGCCUUAUAAGACUCAAACUUGAUGAUAACCAACUGGUUGGAAACAUAACAAGUGAUUUUGGUGUAUACCCAAAUAUGAUAUACAUCAAUUUAAGUGGGAAUAACUUUUAUGGUCACAUUUCAUCAUUUUGGGGAAAGUGUCAUAAUCUCAAGACACUAAGUAUUACCAACAACAACCUUUCCGGUAGUAUACCCCCAGAACUAGGAGACGUGGCCAAUCUUGGGGCACUCAACCUCUCUUCAAAUAGGUUGUCUGGAGAAAUUCCAAAAAAAUUGGGAAAUAUGAUCUCAUUGACAAGACUUUCUUUGAGCAACAAUCAAUUUUCUGGAAAGAUUCCAAUAGAAAUAGGAUCAAUGAAUCAGCUUGAACAAUUGGAGUUGGCAGGAAAUAAUUUCAUUGGCCCAAUCCCUAGAGAACUUGGAUCAUUAAACAGGUUAUGGUUCUUAGACUUAAGCAAAAAUAAGUUUGAAGAAAGCAUUCCGUUGGAGUUUGGUCAAUUAAAUGCUCUCCACGAACUUCACCUUAGUGAGAAUAUGUUGAAGAGAACAAUACCAGCAACACUUGGAACAUUAAAGAUGCUGGAAACUUUGAACCUCUCACAUAAUAAUCUCUCUGGCACCUUUCCUUCUAGUUUUGGUACCAUGACAAGCUUAACAACCAUUGACAUAUCAUACAACCAAUUAGAGGGCCCUCUACCAAACAUUCCUGCCUUUCAAAACAUUACAUUUGAGGAAUUAAGAAAUAACAUUGGUUUGUGUGGUAAUGUCACAGUUUGGGAAUUCUAA